CUCUGUCUGUAUAUGUUAGGCUCACCAAUUAUUGUCUUUGUCUUUGUGACUCAUCACUUUAUGUAUCAGCGAUGAGCAUGGAAAUAUUCCCACCAUAGUUUCUUCAGUUCUACCUUUUUUAUCACUCUCUUUUUGUCUUUCCAUUUUGUACAAUGAUCACAAGUUCAGACGACUUGAUUUAAAUUACAGUUUCUUCACCAUCCUCUUCCUAAUUCUUCUUCUACCAAUCUUGACAUCUUCAGCAUGUACAUCCGAAAAGAAAGACGAACACCGAAACGAAUCUAAAUUGCUGAUCAGAUAUAAACUAAUUGCAAUAGCCUCAGUCCUAGUUUCUGGUGCACUAGGAGUUUGUCUUCCAUUCUUGGUGAAGAACAUACCAUUUUUCCACCCGGAAAAAGACUUGUAUCUCUUGAUCAAAGCCUUUGUGGCCGGGGUGAUUUUAGCAACGGGGUUUGUUCAUCUGCUUCCUGAUGCUAACGACAGCUUGACAAGCCCCUGCCUUAGUGAAAACCCAUGGAGAAGGUUUCCCUUUACAGGUUUUGUUGCCAUGGUGUCAGCCAUUGGGACAUUGAUAAUGGAAGCUAUUGCUACUGGGUAUCAGAAGAGGUCUGAGCUCGGGAAACCUCAGCCAGUUGAUGGUUAUGAAGAAAAUGAUCAUGCUGUUCAUUUUCAUGGUUCUGCAUCAAAUUCGCCGGAGCUGAUCCGUCAUCGAAUCAUAUCACAGGUUCUGGAAUUGGGCAUUCUGGUUCAUUCAGUGAUCAUUGGAAUAUCUCUUGGUGCUUGUCAAAGUCAACACACAAUCAAGCCUUUGGUGGCAGCAUUGAGUUUCCAUCAAUUUUUUUAGGGCAUGGGACUUGGUGGAUGCAUCUACCAGGUACUCGGUUCUCAGCUAACAAAUUUUUUUGUCAAGUAAAAAAGAAGAAAAAAAUGCUCCCAAAAUUCCUGCUAGCUUGACCGUUGUAGGAGAAGAACUUUUAUGUAACGGGAAUUCCAUAUUGUGGCUGUAUCCCAAGUUAGUUCUUGUCAUGUUAAAACGCAUGAUUGAAUUGAGAUACUAAUUAUAAGCUAAUUAAAAUAUCUGAAAAUAUGACUUUAGCCCUUGAAAUUUAAUUUUUUCCACGUAAA